AUGAAACCAUUUACAAAAGCUCAUGAUACUUCAUAAUAAAAUAUAAAUCUAUAGUUUUCACAAUAUUCAGAUAACUAAAAAUAACGUAUUAAAACCUAAAAUAAUAAUAAUAAUGGAAACAUUAAAUAAGAUGAAUCUUAGAAGAAAAAUGAAUCAAGACUUAAACUAUAAUAAAAUUUAUUAUAGUAAAUUUAAAAGUAUACAUAUAAUGCAAAACCAUUAAUACCAAUAAAAUAAAAAUCUGAACCAUAUAAAUAACCUUUUAAACAAAAAGUGAAAAACAUAAAUACUUAUUAAAAUCUAGAUGAAUCUCAAAAAAAUCAAAUAAAAUCUGAAUAAUUUAGAAUUCUCAAAACAAUAUAAGAAACCUUAAACUAAGGGACUAAAACAUAUAAUAGAAUUAUUACAUUUGAGGAUGGAUAUACUUAUGAAGGUGAUUAUUAGGAAUCUUAAAAUGAUAUUAUUCUUGAAGGAUAAGGAGUAUUAAAAUAUCAUGAUGAAGUAAUUUAUUAAGGGUAAUUCAAAAAUAAUAAAUUUCAUGGAAAUGGUAUAAUAAAAUAGGAUAAUAAAUUAUAUAAUUUAUUGGAUUGGAGAAGAAAAGAUUAAAUUGAAAUAAAGGGAAUAUUUGAAAAUGGAAUAUUAAUUGGAGAAUAGACUAUGGAUAAUUGA